AUGGCGCAAGGGAACCUAGAACAGCAGGAGGGUUCACGAGGCUCGGCUUAUGCGUUGGAAUUGACGGAGAGCCAGCAGAGCUGCUCCCGGCGGCACUUUGCAAGUGCUGAAGAGCUACGCGCGGAUAUCCAACACCAGCAGGAGGAAGAACCGCCGCAGAGAUCCGAGCCCCGACGCCGACUCCUGGUCCUACACAGGCUGUCCGCGGAUUACACCCGUGCGUUGACAGACCUGCUGGAUGUCGACGCAGGUUUUAUCGACGCUCACGUUGGGGGGCUAAGCUACAGGCCCCUGGUGAGACGGAGACGGGACCGCGAGGCUAGAUUCGUUUGCUUCGAGUAUCCGGAGUUGCUCACGGUGCCGAAGGGGCUACCCACGGAUGUGAAGAGGGCCCUGCUGGUAAGAGUGGAUCAUACCAAAGGUGGCGAUGAUGAUGGUGAUAUUGUUAGAGAACCAUUUUCCCAGGCUAUCUCGGACGAGAAAGCGGUAGUGUUCUGCCGCGCCUCGCUAUGGCAGUGCGCCAAAACCGACGUCCUUUUGCUAGACCGUCCGAUAGACGAUGAGAUGCCCGGCUUCGAGUCGUUGCUAUACCGUAGCUUAUCGGAAGAAUGGCGAGGCGAUUAUAAUGGUAAUGUACCUGAUAUGCGCGCUCUGGUGCAAGACCUCGCCGCGCACCAAUGGAGCGAAUUCUUCGAUGCGGUGUUGUCUUCAAAUAUAAGACCCUCUAGCGCGCACCAGACGGCAGCGUUGUACUGGCAAGCACAGAAGAGCCUAGAGCGAAACCUAAGCAGUUCCGAGAUCCGCGAGAAAUCAUCCGGAUCGUCGGACCCCUAUUACUCCCCCGAAUCGAACUGGGAAUCCCUCCUCUCCCGCCUCGGCCGACACGUUGCCCUCCUAAGCCAUCUUGCCCCUAUUUCCGCCUCUAGGCCCCUCCCCGACAUCCCACCACCUAGACAACAACGCCUUACCACGAAAGCCAUCCCUCCAACAGAACUGAUCCCGCGCCGCCAUUACCAUUAUCGCCAUCGCGCACGUUCGCGCAGCGGAAACGCCUCCACGGCCGACGACCAGAACAAGCACGCGCUCGACCGCGUAUCGUACAUGGGCGGGAUCCUCCUGCCCCUCUCCGUCGUCUCCAGCAUCCUCUCCAUGAGCGACCCCUUCGGCCCCACGGGCCCCCUGUUCUACGUCUUCUGGGCCGCCGCCGUGCCCCUCGUCUUCGUCGCCGUGCUCGUCAUCUACGCCGACUCGAUCCGCAAGGCCGAGGUGUGGAUCGAGGUGGCGGGUAAUAGCAAUAGCAGUAAUAAUAAUGAUAGUAGUACCACUACCGCGGACAUUAGCGAGGAAAAGCAGAAGCAACAGCAACAGCGACAGCGACAGCAACCAGAGAAGGAUCUCGAGAGCCAGAGUGAUAUGUAUGGUGGUGGUGGUGGUGGUAGUAGGGGGUUUGUUAGGCUCACGGCUCUGGGGAAGGGGAAUGAUAAAGAGGAAGAAGAUGAUGAAGAGGAAGAGGAGGAGGAUAAGGAGGGUGAGGGGAAGAGGGACGAUUCUUUUGAUGAGCCGGUUAUGAUGGUGGAGAAAUUAUUCAAGGAUACGGGGGGCAGGAAGUGGCAGAGAGAGCAGCUUGGUUGGGGAGGUGCUUGCAUGACUGCCUUGCGGAUUUACAAGCUCAAGAAGGGCAAACCGCCUAACUGGGUCAGACACGGGAGGACAGCUUAA